UCCAGGGAGGGGACGAGAGCAAAGAGCCCGCCGCUCCGCAUCCAGAGCACAGAAGAGGAAGGAGAACUUUGAAAUGAGCGCACUGAAGGUGAGCUGAUCAUAAAAAAAAAUCUAUCUGUCUAUCUAUCUAUCUAUAUAUAUAUAUGUCAGUGCUCUCUUCUAACGAGGAAAGCUAUUUGGACAAACGGAGCACAAAACCGACGAAAGAUUUCGUUGAAUUUUGGAAUCUCGGAAUAUUUUAUUUUUUAUUCUUUUAUUAAUAAAAAAAAGCCAAAUGACAUAAAAUUCCUGGACUCGGAGCUAUACUUUCACUUAAUGUACAGAGAAGGAACUUUGAAAUAGUACAUUUGACGUGACGGACAUCCGCUGAAAGUUUUAUCCGCACCGUGGGAAAAAUAAUAGGCCGCGGCACCACAAAUCCUCAAGGCUGGUUUUGCUUCGAAGUCGACGAGAAUUGUGAGUAAUUCUAGUUUAAUGUACAGAAUGGAAGAGGAGCCGGGGCGUCAAAUACUUGAUAGACCCGGUGAGAAGAGGAGGAAUCACACUGAAGGACGGCGACUUUUAAAGCAGCCACUGUUGAGCAGCUGGAAAAACCUGAAUGGGAUCAUGGUCGGCAUGUUCGUGUCCGUUCUUUCCCUUGGACUUUGCAUUUUGGUGAUAAUACGGACCUCAGAAUUGCAGUCCAGGAUACUGAGUCUGGAGCAGCAACAGGACGCAAAGUUGUCCGCCUGGAUGAUGACUGUGGAGCAGGUGGAGACCCUGAUCAUGAGUCGGCUGGACCAGUUACUGGAGGAGAAACUUGCAAUACAAAUGUCAAAGACACGGGAGGUCCGAGAUGCACCACAAAGCUGCCUUUGUCCUCCAGGACCUCCAGGGACGGCAGGUGAGCCUGGUUUGUCUAUCAUUGGACCAAGAGGGCCUCCUGGACAACCUGGCACAAGAGGAUUCCCUGGUUUCCCAGGUCCUAUUGGGUUGGAUGGAAAGCCUGGGCAAAAAGGACAAAAGGGAGACAUGGGUUCUCGAGGUCCUCAAGGAAACCUGGGGGAGCCGGGCCUCAAAGGGGAGAAGGGUACAUGUGGAGACUUAACACACCGGGUGUUGCCCAUGACCCUGCGAAACAUGCCUUCUAUAAACCAUCUGAUCUUAAAGCGCCUCCAGCAGGGUGCACCCGGAUUACAAGGACCCCCAGGACCCCCAGGCCUCCCUGGUGCCCCUGGUUCCCCUGGCCUUAAUGGUCCCAGUGGACCACCGGGUGAAAAGGGAGAGCCAAGCACUUUUGCUAAGGGGAGUAAAGGAGAGCCGGGUUCACCAGGACUAAUCGGUCUAAAGGGGCCCAAGGGCGAAAAGGGAAAUAAGGGGGAAGCAGGUACCAAAGGCCCCGCUGGCCCAAGAGGCCCAUCAGGUCCAACGGGGCAGCCAGGAAAGAUUGACCUCCAGAACAGUGAAAAUAGUAUUCGCAAUAUGCCCCUCAUGGGGCUUCCUGGAUUACCUGGACCUCCAGGAUCCCCUGGAACCCCUGGUGAAAAGGGUCCCACAGGACCAGCAGGUAUACCAGGCCCUCCAGGACCAAAGGGAGAUAGAGGUGAAAAGGGAAAUGCAGGCUUGCUAGGACCAACUGGCCUUCAAGGCAUCCCUGGUUUGCAAGGACCACAAGGACUCAAAGGAAAUCGGGUCUUCCUAUCCCCUUUUCCCUUCCUUCACCUUGUUUUUUGCCCUAUGACUGCUUUUGCAGGGUUUGCCCUCCUUUCUCUUACAAACCCAGGCCUUCUGUUCCUCAUCCUCUUUCCACAUUCUAACAUAUUCCUGAUUUAAUCCUUUUCCUUUAAGACCUCCCUUUUCCCAACCUUUCUCAGUAUAACAGUAGCUACUUCUUUUAAACCCCCUCUCUCCCAAAUCCUGAUCCUUACUAUUUACAUGAAAUUGGCAAUAAAUAAAUAUUAACAACAAUUCUGCAUUGAAAUUUUGCUCAUGCAAUAUUCAUCUUUCAUCUGGCCAACAGCUGAUGGUAUUGGCCAGAUGAAGGAUUCAUUCAGUCCUUCAGCCUUUCGCUUGGUGAGUAGGGUACUCUGUUAAUUCAGUGUUCAGCUUGUAGUUAAAUCUUCCCUAGCAAACUGCACACAGCUUGCACACUGUUUAAUCAAAACCAGCUUUAGUGUCCAAGUUUGUGCACACAGACAAAUCAUUUGACUUUGCUUCUGCUUUACUAUCAAUCUACAUACAUUUUAACUACAAAUAUAUGAAAUUUGCUGUGAAGCUUUUUUUUACAGCCUUGGGGGGGAUUUGUCUCUGUGGUGACAUAAUUUUUUUAAGUAACAUUCUAAGUAGCUAAAAGGCUAAAUAGUUUGUGUCCAGGAUGUGCGGGGUCUGCAAUGAUGCUAGCUGGCCUUUCUCUGACCCUGAAUGGAGGGAAAGACAGUCUUGUUUAUAUUUUUUGUGGACCUGAGUGUAGCACACAAUCAGGUCCUGGAGCGUAAAACCACUGAGGCAGAUUUUUUUGUUUUGUUUUACUUUAUAUUUGCUUGUUAAGUCCUCAGUUACCUAAAAUUCUUCUGCAGUUUAGUCCUUAUGGGUCACAGAUAUGAACCUACAGUCUGUCUGUGACCUUCAUCUACAUAGUUUUAUACUAGAAGAUGAAUUUGUCAACCAAAUAGCCUAACUAUACAGCUGAAUUAUUCCGUAAUUAAUCAAACUAUUGGCAUGUAAUUUAACUACCGAUGAAAAAUGCAGAAAGGAGUAUAUUAAAUGAUAAGAUGGGAAUUUUAUUAUCAUAUUCUAGAAGUUCUCUUCACUUCGAAGGUUUUUAAAGUCCUCUUUCCAUGCCAGCAGGUUAGAAGGAAACGUGUGCGCAGCAUUUUGACAGUAAUGUCUACAGUUAGCUGUUAAUGGAUGGCAUUCUGAUGCACAUCUCGCUAUCUGUAUCCCUCUCUAUAUGAACGAUAUUAAGCUGUGUGCUAAGACUGAGCAUCGACUACUAGGAUUAACAGGAUUAAAUGUCAGGAUGUCACUUGGUCUGGUUGAGGAGUGAAGGUGGAUUGUGACAAAGAGAGAGAAGGUAAUCCAGACAGAGGUAACUGUCCUCCCAGUAAGAUUAGGAGAUUUUAAAGGAGAGCUGAAAGUAACUUGGAAUACCGCAGGCAAAUGGCAACCAUGAAGAGGCUACAAGGAAAGCAGCUAUAGCCAAAUACUGGCCAGCUCCAUGACAAGAACAAGACCUGGGCUAUCAACAGCUAUGGCUUGUCAGUAAUCAGAUACUCUGAGUGUUUAAUUGAGCAAAAAAUGCACCACUUAUAGUAAAACACGAAAGCUUGAGAUGAAUACCUACCUGGUGAAUGAUGGGUGAGUGAGACAGUACUUCAUACAAGUACGUUAUAAAAAUGUUAUGUUAUUAUUUCUGUGAAUAUAUGUAUGGCCAGUGAGUGAUUUCCUAAUGCCUCUCCCCCAGUGUUGUUUAAUCACAUCAGUACCCUCCUCACCAAAUGAGUAACUUUGACCUCCUUCUUUAAUUCCUUCUGCUUACCUUCCUUUCGCACCGGAAAUGCAUCACGAAAUUAAGUCUCUUAAAUACCCCCAAAAAUUCACAACAAAGUAAUAUUUUUGAAAUAACUUAUUUUCCAUGUAUGCCAAGUUAAAGUUGCAGAAUGUAACUUUUACAAAAAAAAAAAAAAUGUUGGCUUUAUUUUACAUAUUUUUUGAGUGGUCACUAGGUUGAGACAGAUAAUCUGUGAAAACAUUGAGCCCCUCCACCUCCUACCAGUGAUACCGUUGCCGUGUGAAGAAAUGCAUCGCUCUCUGUCAAAACAACCAAUCAGAGCCAGAAGUGUCUCAGUGCCAUCAAUCAGCUUGUGUAUGUGCUGCUCAAAGUGUUAAUGGCAGAGAAACGACUUACUGUUUCAGGAUAACUGUUUGUCCGCAGUCAUGCUGGCUUGCCUCAGCAUUCAUGACGGGCACUGCUGUCAGGAAGAAGCCAUAGAAAAGAGCAAAGAGUGAGCAGCGUAUACAAGAGCAUGACUGACACCGCUAAGACACACCUCCUGGUUCUGAUUCGUUGUUUCCAGUUAGCACUGGAAGAAGGCAGAUGAGCUUGAUUUUUGAAAUAGAUUCUCUCAUAGUAAACUGUCAUGACAUGGUGACAGCUUCAACAAUUAUGUAAAAAUAAAAACAUGAUUUUUUAAAAUAAAAGUUACAUACUGCAGCUUUAAAUGUACUUCGGAGACAUAAAAGUGUGUCUUUU